CUCAGUUUCUCUUUGUCCAUAAUGAAGAGUAGGUGGUGUGUGAUCUUGUGGCUGACCAGCCUGCUGGUUUCAUUAAGUGCCUUCGAACUGCCGGACGCAGUGGUGAAAGUACAUAAUUCGGAGGUGUUCUUAUCGCUACCAGGGAAUCUGGAUGGCGUCAAGUCUACACUCUUCCGAGCUGAGCUGCUGACUGAUGAAUGUGUGAACAACUAUUCGUACACGUCGCAGAGCUCCGGGGAAACAAAGAUGAUGCUCCCCAAGCGUAUUGCCGAGAAUGCCAAGCUUCGAGUGCAAACUCUGGUGGAAAGAACAAACAACGUUAUCAGCAGCAAGACCUCUGUAUACACUAUCGAUAAGGAUGGAAUGGGCCACUUGGAUAAUAAAUAUCCCACAGGGAACAGCAAAGACCUGGAUGUCGGGGCUCUGGUCUUGAAAUGUAAGCCAGUGGAAAAACCCUUGGAACCGACUGUGACAGAAACUACGGAUGUGAAAGGGCGAAAGUUUUCUACCGGUGACCUAAUCUUCGAGGACAACUUUAAUAAUGGUCAAAAGAUCAAAGAUACUUGGAAACAUGAGGUGAGAUCUCGUUGUUUUAAUGGCGUGUAUCAGGAAUUUGUGGCCUUUGUGGACGAUCCAAAAAAUUCGUAUAUAUCCGACAAUAAGUUGCACAUUAAGUUAUCGAGGGCCGUAUACAGAAAUGGCGCAUCCUUCCAACUCGAUGGAUGUACUCACAGUUCUUCUAAAUAUAAGUAUGAGUGUGGCCCAAUCCGAGCCACACAAACUGCAAACAUUCCUCCUACCACGUCUGCUAAGAUUCAUUCGAAGAUGUCCUUCAAAUACGGAAGAGUUGAGAUCGGGGCUUGGCUGCCCAAAGGCGAUUGGUUAUUCCCAUAUAUCGCUUUGCAGCCGAAAAGUAAAUACUUUGCGGAAAACUUUAUAGAUCAAAUUCGCAUCUACGCCAGGGGUAACGCUUUGCUGCAAGAUAGGCAACAAAAUACAUUCGACGGAAGAUCGCUGUUCGGAAGUGCCUUGAUUUGGAACAAUCAAAAAAAUAAGGGUCACAGGGAUUAUUGGACUAUGACCACAAAUCUAAAAAAUCCUUUCUAUAAUGAUUUUCACAACUAUACAAUAAUUUGGUCGAGCGAUCGAAUCGUUUUCAAGGUAGAUGGCAAAUCCUUUGGGACUAUCACCAAUGCAGCAGUUCUCUCGAAGUUCAACGAAAAGUGUUAUAUUAUGCUGGGACUUACUGCUGGUGGUGGCAUGAACUUCGACGAUAAUGUGCUGAUGGAGCAGCAAAAAAAAAGGAUAUAUGAAAAUACCUCUCCAAAGGUUGCCCUUCGCUUCAAAGAGUUGCUUAAAAAAAAGGCUCCCGAGCGGCCCACGCUGGUGAUCGAUCAUGUUCGCGUCUACGCCAUAGACAAAAAUGGAAACUAG